GGGAAGCAGGGAGAUCAAAACAAUCACUGUUUUUAGUUAUGACGUUUAGUCAUGAGCAGUGUUGACUGCACUGACACGACUGGAUUACAUGUCAGAUCAACUCUGACGAACUGAUCCGGCAGUCAUCUACCUCACAGCAGCUGUUGGGAAACUGUUAGGAGUCAAAUUCCAGACGGCACUUUACCUCUGACAUCACUCCAGUAUGAGUGAUGGUGGGGAGGGAAACAGCAGGGCCGAAGAGAGCCAUGGAGCCAGGCAGCCCCAGGCCCCUAACGUCAAACCCAAACUCGGACAGAAUGACAGGAACAGCAAGGAGGAGCACCGGAAAAAAGAGAAAUCAUCAAGAGUGAGGAGAUCGAGGAGUUCUGACUCUGAGAGGACGGAAAGAGGGAGGAGAAGAGAGUCAGACAGGAACCGUGGAGAAAGGAGGCAUCGUGGAAGGAGCGAGGAGGGCCGUGGGCGGCGCCAGAGAGACGGAGAGAGCGAUCGGAGGAGGAUGAAACCCCCUGAAAAUGACGUGGAGGACACAGAGUGCGCUGUGUGCUUCUGCACUUACGAUAAUGUCUUCAAGACCCCAAAGCUGCUGGCAUGCGGGCACACCUUCUGUCUGGAGUGCCUGGCUCGCAUCAACGUCACCUCACCUGAGCUCAAGGCCCUGUCCUGCCCCGUGUGCCGAGAGGUGACUGAGCUCCCUCGCGGCCGGGACCUGCCCCGUCUGGGAAACAAUCGGGACAUCAUCAGCAAACUCCCUUCAGAUAUGCAGCGGGCGCUGUCCAUCCGCUUUAAGCGCAGCCAGGGUAAGCUGAUGCUGAAGAACCCUCCUCCCAACAGCCCGAGCAGGCCUAAUGUCGUCAGUCUGCCUACCAAGAGUCAAGACACUCAGGCGGCACCAAGCAGGAACCUCCAGCUAAGUGCAAUGGAGCAGGGGAUCACCCCGACCACUGUGGUGGAUGUAGGCAGACCUCCGAGCAGGAUGAGAGGUCGCCUGCGCAGGAUGUUCCGUUCAGAUCAGUGCUACUACGCAGUGGUUGCGACCAUCAUCACCAUCACUGUGGCGCUCAUGCUGGUGGGAAUUCUGGCUUUUGUGAUCAUACCCACUGUGUCCUUGAACAACGUUCGUCCCCCACGUCCACAAUCAAACAACACUUCACAACAAAAUCCAUGAACUAGAGAUGCGUCCAUGUCAAGGACAGGACUGUGGAGGGUGAUGGUUGGGGAGAUGAAGUGGACAAGGAGAGAGAAUCACACAAAACUUCCAGUGACCCUUGUUCCACUUUGCACACCUUGUGUUUAUAAUGGUGAAGUACAAACUGAGCUCCUUCAAGCUUGGGUCACGUGGAGAAAUGAAGGAAAACCAGGAGAGCAACAUUUUUUUAAAAACAAAAGAACU